CUCAGGGACUAUUCAAACAUUUAUUAUCUCAAAAGAAGUUGUUCCGAUCGCACCUGCCGAAAUGGACGCCAAAAUACUUGUGAUCUUACUGUUCCUGUGCUCUACUAGCGGAGUUUUGUGUAAACCAACAGAAAGCGUGGAAGGGCGCGGCGUGGGCUCCACCAUCUGGGGCUGGCUGUCCUACCCGUUCACGGGCUGGGGCGCGCAGGAGGCGGACCCGCCCAGCAACUCCCCGCUGCUGGGCCUCGGCUCCACAACCUACGGACCCUACGACAACAUCGAGAUAGGGAAACGCAACAUCACCGUCUGGUGCAACGACCACACUUGCACCACCAUGAAGUGCGACUACAGCGGCUGUAAGAACGUCACGUGUAAUGUCUACGAGACGGAUUUGAAUGGAGAAUGCCGUGUGUAUAAUACUAUCACUGAGGAGCCGGCCUCCGUCCCGGCGGUACCUCCCGUGGUGGAAGAAGUGCCAACGGCCGCGCUACCGAUACCCGAAGAGAAAGUUCCCGAAGCCCCAGUCAACACUAUCGUGGUAGCACCAGAGGAUAAUGUGGAAAAAGAAGAGCAACCACUGGAGUUGGAGAAGGUGCUGUCGUCUACUGUUCCGCACAAUGUCGUGCAAGAUAACAAGGAAGCUAAAGUAUAAGGUACGCCUACAGCUGAUGUUCCCUCCACGCCAGAAUCAUAUUUUUACGGCCUGGACAAUCUAAUAGCAAAUUAUCUUAUAACAGUGCUCGAGCACUACGCAACUGUCCUCACGAACAGUGUAAUUACAAGUGGCAACAUCGAUGCGUUCUGUGUGGACGGCGUCUGCUACUACACCACCUGCAGACACGAGAGGUGCUUGAUACAAUACUGCAAGUACCACAUACUGAGAGGCGAAAGAAACUGCUCAACUAACAAACCUUCCGGAAACUUCCAAUUCAACGUGGGGGAGAACAUUCUGGACGUGUUGCCGCUAGAGUUGUUCAAAUAUAAGGGUCAAGAAACUCACAGUGACAACAACGAAGACAACGAAAUAAGCAUUGUCAACAAUAUAAUGUUACACAAGUGAGAAUGAUAAGGCAUUCGUACAAAUAUUUCACUAUAGGCUUUUUAAGUUUUUAUCCUCUAUCUUCGCCUUAUCUGAGGAACUUGGAGAUAAGAAUUUCCGCUCGACCAUUGUUGUGAGAUUAGUCAUCAAAGCUUGUAUACGUAACAAGAUAAAGAUCUCAGUUCAACUAAUGAAAAGAAAAAUAAUACUGUUUAUACAUAGAUUAUAAAAAUGCACUACAUAAACGGCUCCUAUAAAUUCAUUUUCAUUUAUUGUAAAUAAGUUUGAACCAUGUUAGAAUAAAUUAUAUGAUUAAAAUUUUUA